AUGUCAAACAGACCUUACGCAGAUCCAUUCAAUGAGAGGAAUCCAAUUAACCACGCUGAAGUACCGCCUCAAAGAAUUCCACUAAGCGAGGAACAGUUCAGCCCCUCUUUUCCUUCGUCUUCAUCGGUGAACCUCAACGGUGGCCAAGCAACGCCUUACGAUUACCCGCCAUCAUCAUUCUCUCACUCUAAUUUAGGCGCAUAUCCCCCUUCAAAUCCAGACGAGGACUCUGAAGCUAAAAUGCCAUUAACGGCUGACAACAGAAUACAAACGUAUGCUCCAGCUGGCUUUGAUCCGAGAACAUACGGUGACCCAUACAACAGCCCAUACGAGGAGCCUGCUACAAACGCAAUGUCCGCUGAGGCUGAUUGGCGUCGCAGGCAAACUAUUAAAAGAGACAGAGCUAAAACUGUCAAAGUUAAGCUUACAAAGGGUCAUUUCAUUCACGAGUUCCCAGUCCCAACAGCUGUAAAGAACGCUUUGGAGCCCGUCUACAGGGAUUUCACCCACACUAGAGAGUUCUCCCACCUAAGAUACACGGCAGCUACUUGCGACCCUGAUGACUUCACCACAGAGAAUGGCUGGUCUUUGAGAGCUUCCAAUUACGGCAGACAUACUGAACUGCUCAUCGUUAUCACUUCGUACAACGAAGACAAGAUCCUUUACGCUCGUUCUCUUCAUGCAGUUAUGCUCAACGUGAGAGAUAUCUGCAAAACUCGUCAAUCAAAGUAUUGGAGAUCAGCUGGCCUUGAAGGUGGUCAACCUGGUUGGCAAAGAAUUGUCGUCGCCCUUAUCACGGAUGGUUUAGAACCCAUGGAUAAAACUGUCCUCGAUUUAUUAGCAACUAUUGGUGUUUACCAAGAUGGUGUCAUGAAGAAGGAAAUUGAUGACAAACAAACUGAAGCCCAUAUUUUUGAGUACACUACGCAACUCUCCGUCGACACCACUCCUCAACUUAUCGUUCCUCACGGUGAUGAUCCUAACAACCUUGUUCCAGUUCAAAUCAUCUUGGUCGCAAAGGCUAAGAACCAGAAGAAGAUCAAUUCACACAGAUGGUUGUUUAACGCUAUUGGUAGAAUGCUACAACCUGAAGUUUGUAUUCUUCUUGAUGCUGGUACCAAGCCAUACAAGAAAUCUCUCUACUAUAUAUGGGAGGCUUUCUACAACAACAAGAACUUGGGUGGUGCUUGUGGUGAAAUCUAUGCUCAAUUGAAAGGUGGUAAGAAGCUCAUAAACCCUCUUGUCGCUGCUCAAAAUUUCGAAUACAAGAUUUCAAACAUCCUCGAUAAGCCACUUGAAUCUGCUUUCGGUUAUGUCUCUGUCUUGCCAGGUGCUUUCUCUGCUUAUAGAUAUAGAGCUAUUCAAGACAGACCACUCGAGCAAUAUUUCCACGGUGAUCACUCUAUGGCUGAGAGACUCGGUAACAAAGGUAUUAACGGUAUGAAUAUCUUUACAAAGAACAUGUUCUUAGCUGAAGAUCGUAUUCUUUGCUUCGAAUUGGUUGCCAAAGAAAAUGCAAGAUGGACAUUGUCAUACGUUAAGUCAUCUAAAGCUGAGACUGAUGUUCCAGAAGAAGGUCCAGAAUUGAUCUCCCAAAGAAGAAGAUGGUUGAACGGUUCAUUUGCCGCAUCCGUUUACGCUAUUGCAAACUUCUUCAGGUUAUAUAGGUCAUCACACGGUAUCGUCAGGAUGUUCUUCUUGCACGUCCAAUUGAUUUUCAACACCAUUAACUUGAUGUUCUCUUGGUUCUCUAUUAGUUGUCUAUGGCUCACUUUCUCCAUCGUUAUUACCCUGUUAUCAAAGCAAGGUACCGGUGAUACGCCAAUCUAUUCAUUCGGUACCCCAGUUGUCACGUAUUGGUUUAACAGGUCAUUUCAAUGGAUCUGGGCUUUCAUAGUUAUUUGUCAAUUUGUGUUGGCAUUGGGUAAUAAGCCUAAAGCGGAGCGAACAUUCUACAACAUUUCCUUCUUCGUCUUCGGUAUUCUUGGUCUUUAUCUCAUUUAUUCAGCUAUUUUCCUUACAGUCAAAGCAUUCAUUAACAUGAAAGUUGAAGGUACGAAUGCUUGGGAAAGAUUAGCAUACGUUUUGGAAUCGGAGAACUCUGUUUUGAUUGCAGCUUUGGCAGCUACUUUCGGUAUCUACUUUUUGGCAUCGUUCCUCUUCUUAGAUCCAUGGCACAUGUUUACUUCAUUCCCUCAAUACUUGUUGAUGGCACCUUCGUUUAUUAACGUCCUCAACGUCUACGCUUUCUGUAAUCUUCAUGAUGUCAGUUGGGGUACGAAAGGUUCGGAUAAAGAUGACGCUUUACCUGCCGUCAAAUCCAAGAAGGAGAAGGGUGGUGAAGCAACAGCUGAAACUAACGUUAUGAAACAGAAGGAUAUUGAUGGUGCAUUUCAAGAAACGGUCAAGAGAACAGUCGCUACGAAGAUUAAGGAGAAAUCAGAGCCAGAAAAGCCAUCAAGUGAUGAUGAGAACAAGGCUUUCAGAUCUAGAUUGGUCUUGUUCUGGUUGCUUUGCAAUAUGAUUGUCGUCAUCGUCGUUCAAAGCGCAGAUGGUUUAUCACCAACAGUACCACAAUUAUCAGCAUCCGAUGCAGAAAGAGAGCAGUUUAUAAAGGAUUCUAGAGGAUAUAGCCAAUGGUUGACACACAAGCAAUCAAUGUUUUUCAAAGUUAUUCUGUGGACUACAUUCGGUAUAACUGCAUUUAAAUUCGUUGGUGCACUUUACUUUUGGAUUAAAACCAAUGCUUUCAGAUGCUGUCGCAAGAACUAA